UGAAGACGUUAUAAAAACUGAAAACACUUCAGAGGAGAAAUUCAUAGAGGCGGCGUGUCGUUACAGCAUCUGUUACCAACAAUGAAGUUGAACAUUGAGGGCUUGUUGGUCUACUUCCCCUAUGACUACAUUUAUCCGGAGCAAUACUCGUACAUGCUUGAACUCAAGAGGACUCUGGAUGCCAAGGGUCACGGUGUACUGGAAAUGCCCUCGGGGACAGGAAAAACAAUAUCACUUCUCUCACUGAUUGUUGCCUAUCAGAGGGCCUAUCCCCUUGAAGUCACCAAACUGAUCUACUGCUCCAGAACUGUUCCUGAGAUAGAGAAGGUUGUAGAGGAAUUGAGGAAAUUAAUGGAGUACUAUGCGAAGGAGGUGGGAGAAAUUAAGGACUUCCUUGCGCUGGCUCUCUCUUCCCGUAAAAAUCUGUGCAUUCACCCUGAGGUCAGUUCUUUACGCUUUGGAAAAGAAGUUGACGGAAAAUGCCACAGCCUCACAGCAUCAUACAUCCGAGCCCAACGCCACAGUAACCCCAGUCAGCCUAUGUGUCGCUUCUACGAGGAGUUUGAUGCUGUGGGUAGACAGGUGCCCAUCCCCUCUGGCAUAUACAACCUGGACGAUCUAAAGGAUUUUGGGCGGAGAAAAGGCUGGUGUCCGUACUACCUGGCCCGCUAUUCAAUCCUUCAUGCUAAUAUAGUGGUCUACAGUUACCAUUACCUCUUGGACCCAAAGAUCGCAGACCUGGUCUCAAAAGAGCUUGCCAAGAAAUCAGUCGUUGUUUUUGAUGAGGCUCACAACAUUGACAACGUGUGCAUUGACUCCAUGAGUGUCAACAUCACCAGGAGGACGUUAGACCGCAGCCAAGCCAAUGUGGACACCCUGCAGAACACUAUUCAGAGAAUAAAGGAGACAGACGCUACUAAACUUAAGGAAGAAUACAGGAGACUGGUUGAGGGGCUGCAAGAAGCCAAUGUUGCCAGGGAAACAGACAUCUACUUGUCCAAUCCAGUGCUGCCAGAUGAAAUUCUUCAAGAGGCUGUUCCUGGCAGCAUUCGGACAGCAGAGCACUUCGUAGGCUUCAUGAGGAGGUUUUUGGAAUACCUGAAGGCUCGCUUACGAAUUCACCACGUGGUGCAGGAGAGUGCUCCUCAGUUCCUCAAAGACAUCUUUGAGAAGGUGUGCAUCGACAGGAAACCCCUCAGGUUCUGUGCAGAGAGGCUGCGUUCACUCCUGCGGACACUGGAGAUAGCAGACAUCGCUGACUUCUCUCCCAUCACUCUCAUCUCUCACUUUGCGACUCUCGUCAGCACUUACAGCAAAGGCUUUACAAUCAUAAUUGAGCCUUUUGAAGACAGAACUCCCACUAUUGCAAACCCUGUUCUGCACUUCAGCUGCAUGGACCCUUCCAUUGCCAUAAAACCUGUGUUUGAGCGUUUUCAGUCAGUCGUCAUCACAUCGGGGACACUCUCUCCACUGGAUAUUUACCCCCGUAUCCUAGACUUCCGCCCGGUCACUAUGGCAUCCUUCACUAUGACCCUGGCACGCACCUGCCUAUGCCCUCUGAUUGUGGGAAGAGGAAAUGAUCAAGUGGCGAUGACCUCCAAAUUUGAGACAAGAGAAGAUUUUGCUGUGAUCCGUAACUACGGCAACCUGCUUCUGGAAAUGUCUGCCAUUGUUCCGGACGGCAUUGUCGCGUUCUUCACCAGCUAUGUGUACAUGGAGAACAUCGUGGCCUCGUGGUAUGAGCAGGGGAUCCUGGAGAACGUGCAGAGAAACAAACUUAUCUUCAUCGAAACACAAGAUGCAGCAGAGACUAGUAUGGCUCUGGAGAAGUACCAGGAGGCCUGUGAGAACGGCAGGGGGGCCAUAUUGUUGUCAGUGGCUAGAGGAAAAGUGUCGGAGGGAAUCGACUUUGUGCAUCACUUUGGACGGGCUGUUAUCAUGUUUGGAGUCCCAUACGUUUAUACCCAGAGCAGAAUACUCAAGGCUCGUCUGGAGUAUCUCCGUGACCAGUUCCAAAUCCGCGAGAACGACUUCCUGACCUUUGAUGCGAUGCGCCAUGCGGCUCAGUGUGUGGGGAGGGCUAUUCGAGGGAAGACUGACUACGGCCUUAUGAUCUUUGCUGACAAGAGAUAUGCCCGGGCAGACAAGCGAGGGAAGCUGCCGCGGUGGAUCCAGGAGCACCUGACGGAUGGCAGCCUUAACCUGACCAUCGAUGAGACAGUACAGCUGGCUAAGCAUUUCCUCAGGCAGAUGGCCCAACCUUUCAAACGGGAGGAUCAGUUAGGCCUGUCCCUGCUGACCCUGGAGCAGCUCCAGUCAGAGGAGAUGUUACAGAAGAUCGCUCAGAUCGCUCACCAGGCGUGAUACAGGAACAGUCUUUGGCUCCUCAUUAAAGACUCACUCAG